CGAGUAGCAAGGGAGCGAGUCAGACGGCAGAAUGGAACCAGUGAGCGUGGAGGGAGGUGUGGACGAGCUCAAGGCACUCUGUCGUGAUUCCCGUACAGAGUGGGUCAUGGGCCUGGCCGAGGCUGUCAACGGGACCGAGGUCGACGGGUGGACGUUUAAGAAAAUGAAGCAGAACGUGGAGAUCUGGGUCAAGGACAUUCCGGACUGCCCGCUCAAGUUCUGGAAGGGGCGAGGAGUGAUCAAGGCCUCGGCGCAGUACACGUUCGACUACAUUCGUGAGAUCUCCAACGUGCCCGAGUAUGACAAGAUGGCGAUCGAUGCCUACCAUACGGAGCAGUUUAUGGACCAGUACGCGUUCCAGUACAACUCGUACUCGUCGGGCUUUCCAGGCGUCUCCAACCGUGAUUUCAUGCUGUUUGCUUCCGAGGUGUGGAUGAAAUCGGGCGACUUUGCGGUGGUGACCAACUCAAUCGAGCAUCCGGACUUUCCGCCGGCGCCCGGCUUUGUCCGCGGUGUCGUCAAGAACUCGGGCCUGUAUGUGGAGGAGUGUGGGCAGGGAGAUCGUGAGUGCAUUGUGACGUAUGUGGUCCAGCUCGACCCGAAGGGCAUGAUCCCGUCGUGGGUGGCCAACAUUGUGGCGAUCAACCAGCCGCUGGUUGUCUCCCAGAUUCGCAAUGCCAUCGAAGCCCGCAAGAAGCGCGGCGAGAAUGUCUUUGUGCCGCGCGCACCCCCUCCCGAUUACGCUAUCCUCGAGCCCGCCGAGUCUGGCGAGUCGGCGCCGAUCGUCGCUGAGACAGCCGCCGCUCCGAUCCCGGACAAUGCAUCGAUGUACUCUUACGAUUACUCGUACGAGGGUUACGAAGACGAGGGCAACGACGGCGACACUAACGUUCGCCGUGCCAAUGCCAAUGACCUCGCCAUGCUCAAGGCGCUGGAGGCAAAAGUCGAUGGCACGCGCAGUCGGGUUGAGGAGGCCGAGGCCACCGUCGCCGAGCUCGAGCGGCAGCUCAACAGGCUCCACGCUCGCGCCCGCGAGUCACAGCAGUCAUCGCACUCGUGCUGUGCCAUCCAGUAGCGCAUUCCAGUUUACCCACUCUAAAACCUCGUACUUGG